GAUAUGAUAACUCUAAACCUUCAUCUUUUGCUCCAUUUAUACGAAUGUGCAAAAGAUUUUGGGCCUCUUUACGCUUUUUGGUGUUUUUUGUUUGAGCGCAUGAAUGGUGUGCUUAAGGUUGCUUGUCUAAACCUCUUCAAAAUCCUACGAUUAGUUUCGUCAAAAUUUUACUAUAGAUUUAUUAUAGUUUUGGCAGAGUUUCAGCAGUUUCGGCAUUUAUAA